AUGGCUCUCUGCGGGCGUCUGGCACGUCGCGCGCCAGCAUUUUCAGGCCAAUUCCGCGCGCUUGCAUCUCCGGCGACCUCGCGAUCUUUCGUCUCGCGGGCCUCCAGGCCUCUGGCUUCCCUCAGGCCGUCCAAUGACUCAACGAGCGCAUACCGACAGCAGCUGCGAGCAUUCACCAAGAUCCAUGCAACAUGGAACCAGACACAAGAGGCACCAAAUGCGCAAGCCUACCUGAACAGCGGCGCGAUUGCUGGAGCUCGUGACCUCGUCGAUGUCAAGAAAGUCCUAGUCAUCGGCAGUGGAGGUCUUAGCAUUGGGCAGGCGGGAGAGUUUGACUACUCUGGCUCGCAGGCUCUGAAGGCUCUCAAAGAAGCGGGCGUUCAAUCCGUGCUCGUCAACCCCAACAUUGCGACUAUCCAAACGUCGCACGUGCUCGCCGAUGAAAUUUACUACCUGCCUGUUACCCCCGAAUACGUCGAAUAUGUGAUCCAGAAGGAGAAGCCAGACGGUAUCUUCCUCAGCUUCGGUGGUCAGACUGCCUUGAACUUGGGAGUGCAAAUGAACAAGAAGGGCAUCUUCGAGAAGUAUGGCGUCAAAGUCUUGGGAACAACCAUCAAGACGCUCGAGACCAGUGAGGACCGUGACUUGUUCGCACGUGCCCUAGACGAGAUCGAUAUUCCCAUCGCCAAGUCCAUCGCUGUCAACUCGGUCGAGGAAGCUCUCGAUGCUGCUGAGAAGGUCGGAUACCCCAUCAUUGUGCGCGCUGCGUAUGCGCUUGGUGGUCUUGGUUCUGGCUUUGCGAAUAACGCAGAUGAGCUCAGGAACUUGUCUGCUCGUUCUCUUUCUCUGUCUCCUCAGAUCUUGGUCGAGAAAUCGCUCAAGGGCUGGAAGGAGGCCGAGUACGAGGUGGUCCGCGAUGCGGCGGAUAACUGCAUCACGGUCUGCAACAUGGAGAACUUCGACCCUCUAGGAGUACACACAGGUGACAGUAUCGUCGUUUCCCCCAGUCAAACGUUCAGCGACGAGGAGUACCACAUGCUUCGGUCUGCCUCUAUCAAGAUUGUGCGCCACUUGGGUGUAGUGGGUGAAUGCAACGUCCAGUACUGCCUGCAGCCCGAUGGUCUGGACUACAGGGUUAUUGAGGUCAACGCUCGUCUUUCUCGUUCAUCCGCCCUGGCUUCCAAAGCGACCGGAUAUCCUUUGGCCUACACUGCUGCGAAGAUUGGUCUUGGCCACACCCUGCCCGAACUCCCCAACGCAGUCACGAAGACGACGACCGCCAACUUCGAACCCAGUCUCGACUAUGUGGUCACGAAGAUGCCUAGGUGGGAUCUGGCCAAGUUCCAGAACGUCAAGCGCGACAUUGGCAGUUCAAUGAAGUCUGUCGGAGAGGUUAUGGCUAUUGGACGUACCUUCGAGGAGUCUUUCCAGAAGGCUUGCCGACAGGUCGACCCCAAGUUCCUCGGUUUCCAGGCAGAAAAAUACGGCGAGAACCUCGACGAUGAACUCGCGAACCCUACCGACCGCCGAUGGCUCGCAGUUGGCCAGGCUAUGUUCCACGAGGGUUACUCUGUCGACAGGAUUCACGAGCUGACCAAAAUCGACAAGUGGUUCCUCCACAAGCUGAUGAACAUUGUGGAGUGCACUCAGGAGCUUGAGGAGAUUGGCAGCCUCUUCGGCCUGAAGAAGGAGAUCAUCCUCAAGGCCAAGAAGCUCGGUUUCUCCGACAAGCAGAUCGCCAAGGCUGUCAACAGCACCGAGAACGAAGUCCGCGCCCGCAGGAAGAGCUUCGGUAUCAAGCCAUGGGUGAAGAGGAUCGAUACUCUUGCUGCUGAGUUCCCCGCGGCGACCAAUUAUUUAUACACGACCUACAACGCCUCUUCGCACGAUGUGACCUUCGAUGACCAUGGUAUUCUAGUGCUCGGUAGCGGUGUAUACCGUAUUGGUAGCUCCGUCGAGUUCGAUUGGUGUGCUGUCAACGCUACCCGCUCGUUGAAUGCACUUGGCAAGAAGACUGUCAUGAUCAACUACAACCCCGAGACCUACUCGACCGAUUUCGAUGUUGCCGACAAGCUGUACUUUGAAGAACUUAGCUACGAGCGUGUCAUGGAUAUCUACGAGUUGGAGACCGCCAGCGGUGUUGUCGUUUCUGUCGGAGGCCAACUGCCCCAGAACAUUGCCCUCAAGCUCCAAGAAGAUGGCAAGGCGAAAGUACUAGGUACUGAUCCUGCCGAUAUCGACAAGGCCGAGGACCGUCACAAGUUCUCCUCCAUCCUGGACUCAAUAGGCGUGGAUCAGCCGGCCUGGAAGGAGCUCAACUCCUAUGAAGACGCCAAGAAGUUUGUUGAAAGCGUUGGAUACCCCGUGCUCGUCCGUCCUUCUUACGUCCUUUCUGGUGCCGCUAUGACUGUCAUCCGCAGCGAGGGUGAGCUUCAGGAGAAGCUGACUGCCGCGUCUAAUGUCUCCCCUGACCACCCCGUUGUUAUCACCCAGUACAUCGACGGUGCGGAAGAAAUUGACUGCGAUGCUGUUGCUUCCAAUGGCAAGGUUCUGGUACAUGCUGUCAGUGAACACGUCGAGAACGCUGGUGUCCACUCAGGUGACGCGACGCUGGUUCUUCCCCCUGUCAACCUCGAUGAUCGGAUCAAGGAGCGUGUCAGGGAAAUUGCAGACAAGGUCGCCAAGGCAUGGAACAUCACCGGUCCCUUCAACAUGCAGAUCAUCAAGCAAGACGUUGAGGGCGAGGAGCCUAAGCUCAAGGUUAUCGAGUGCAACCUCCGUGCUUCUCGAUCCUUCCCCUUCGUCAGCAAGGUUCUCGGCACCAACUUCAUUGACGUGGCUACCAAGGCUCUCGUCGGUCGCGACGUUCCUGAGCCUACGGACUUGAUGGCCGUCAAGCGUGACUACGUCGCUACGAAGGUUCCACAAUUCUCAUGGACUAGGUUGGCUGGCGCUGACCCAUACGUCGGUGUCGAGAUGGCUUCAACUGGUGAGAUGGCCUGCUUCGGAAAGGAUCUUAUCGAAGCUUACUGGGCCUCCGCUCAGUCGACCAUGAACUUCCGUCUCCCGGUUCCGGGUGAGGGUCUGCUGUUCGGUGGAGACAUCACGUCCGGCUACCUCGUACAGAUCGCAAAAUACAUCCACCACCUCGGCUACAAGUUCUACGCUGCGAACAACGACGUCAAGAAGCUACUCGAGGACAAUACCGAGGGCGUCACCGUAGAGGUUAUCGAAUUUCCCAAGGAGGAUAAGAGGGCGCUCCGUGAGGUGUUCCAGAAGUACGACAUCAAGGGUGUGUUCAACUUGGCCAAGUACAGGGCCAGUUCCCUGGUCGACGAGGACUACGUCAUGAGGAGGAACGCAGUCGACUUUGGCGUGCCGCUGUUCAUGGAGCCUAAGACCGCUGUCCUCUUCGCGCAAUGCAUGAAGGAGAAGCUACCCAAGCCAGAGGGCAUCCCCAGCGAGGUCCGACCAUGGAGUGACUUCGUCGGUGGCCGGCCAUUGUAG